AGUACUGGUAUAGAUCUCGUAGUGUGCGGAAGUGAGCAGCGAAGAAAAGAAAAUUACGAUAUAAAAUAGAGUAAGGAUAUCCGAAAGUGUUUGAAGGUGCUGCAGGAGUCAGUUAAGAUUUCGAAAAAGAGGAGAGUUACGAACAUCUUACAAAAUGAUACACGAUUUCUACGCGGAUACGGAGAUAUUUGUAACAGGCGGUUCGGGCGCCGUUGGCAAAGCUUUGAUUGAGAAGCUGCUGCGCUCCUGUGAUGUGCGAAAAGUCUACAUAUUGCUGCGUUCGAAGAAGAAUUUCAGUGUCGAGCAACGUUUGGAGAAAUUGAAACAGGCGAAGAUCUUUAAAGUAUUACAUGCCACGAAACCGCAUAUGUUCGACAAACUCGUACCGAUACCGGGUGAUGCAAUAUUACCAGGUUUGGGUAUAUCGCCAGAGCAUAUUGCGCUAAUGGAGCAUGUUUCGGUUGUGUUUCAUUGCGCGGCAACUGUGCGUUUUGAUGAACCGUUACGCGUUGCUUUGAAGCUGAAUGUGGGCGGCACCUAUGAAGCUUUGAUGUUUGCCGAGAAGCUGAAGAACUUGAAAAUGUUCAUGCAUGUCUCGACAUUUUAUAGUAAUCCCUACUUGAAACGCGUGGAGCCGCAGCUUUACGAUUCACCGUUAGAUUGGCGCAUGUGCUUGAAAUUACUGCAGGAUGAUAGCAUGCGAGAUAAUUUGAAUUCGCUAACUAAAAAACUUAUUAUCGGGUUUCCGAAUACUUACACAUUCACGAAGAAUCUUGCCGAGAGUGUGGUCAAUGACUUCCGCGAACGUAUACCGGUUGCUAUAUAUAGACCGUCUAUAGUUCUUCAUGCGCUCUCCGACCCGAUACCCGGUUAUCCACCCACAUUGAUGGGUGCUAUGGGCCUGUUCGUACUCGUCGGCGCUGGCAUACUAAAAACGGUCUUCUUAUCGAAGUCAACACGUUUUGACAUAACACCACAAGAUGUGAGCAUCAAGACUAUGCUGUACUAUGCUUAUCGUGCAGGUACCGAAUAUGCGCAGGAGAAAGCAAUCACAGAAGUGCCCAUUUAUAUGUCCUCAUCAACGCAACACUCCAAUCACACCUUCUAUCAGAUGUGUCAGGUUAUGGAGCAUGGUCUGUGGUAUGAGGCGGCGUUUGAAAAGAAUUUCAUGCUGCCGACUUGUCAUUACACAGAUAGUCGUUUUGUCUACAUGUUUUUGGUGUUCACCAAGCAAAUACUGCCUGCCAUGCUAGCAGAUGGUCUCAUCAUGCUUUUCGGUCGUAAACCGGUACUUAUGAGUAUUGUACGUAAGGCCUAUAUCUCUUUGGAGGUUAUGCAACCGUUUCUCUUCAACACCUACGAUAGUCCGGGUAUGACAUAUAUAGAAGAGAUGGUGGAGGCAACUAAAGGCACCGAUUUCGCUCUUCCGGCAGAGAUCUCAAGUGCCAAAACGGAUGAGGGACUCUUUCACAUUUGUAAAACUAUGAUUUUUUCAAUUCGUGAAUAUUUACUCAAUGAGGAUCCAAAGACUAUUCCAAUUGCGCAGAAGCGUUUAAGAAUCAAGCGUUUGGUCUACAAUAUUCUACGUGGCAUUAUUGUUUAUUACAUUUUGCGUUGGUUUUAUGCAUUUUUCAUCAACUAUAUUGAGGGUCCCACUGCCAACUGAUAAGUUCAUAUUAUAUAUUAUAUAUACUCUAUACCUAAACCUAUAUUUUGGAACCAAUUUUACCUCCUUAAAGCCUAAGUAAGUCUGGAAAGUAAUUUUUAAAUAAACAAGAAAUAUAUUCACGAAAUUAACCAU